UUGCAUUCACCCCGCACAGAAGAAGGAAGAUGAGCUCGGAAGGAAAGAUUCAAUCGGUCCAAACGUUUGGCCGCAAGAAGAACGCGACCGCCGUCGCCUACUGCAAAAACGGCCGCGGUUUGAUCAAGGUGAACGGGUGCCCCAUUGAAUUGGUCGAACCCGAAGUGUUGCGCACCAAGACGUAUGAACCCAUCCUCUUGUUGGGCCAACAACGCUUUGCCAACGUGGACAUCCGUAUCCGCGUCAAGGGCGGUGGUCACACCGCGCAAAUCUACGCGAUCCGUCAAGCGAUUGCCAAGUCGUUGGUUGCUUACCACCAAAAGUACGUUGACGAAGCGUCCAAGAACGAAAUCAAGAACAUCUUGCUGUCCUACGACCGCACCUUGUUGGUGGCCGACCCUCGCCGCUGCGAAGCCAAGAAGUUCGGUGGUCCCAGCGCCCGUGCUCGCUUCCAAAAGUCGUACCGUUAAGCGCCUUAUGGUGGCCUUUGGUCGUUUCUUUUAUAAUCUGUUAGAAAGGAAAUGCAAAAAUGGGGGGUUCUAAUGCCA